CGUGGAAAUAUUUUCAGCAUUCCAGUGUUUAGAACUUUCGCUGCAAAUUCAAAAAAACCACAGACACUAAUGAAAUAUUAAAAAUUUGUAAAUUAAAUUUGUAUUUAAGAAGUAUUUAUGUUUCACAGAUGAACCAAGCUACCCAUUAUUUAGACGCGUCGAUGAUAUAUGGUACGACGGAACAACAAAUGAUGUCGUUGAGACAAAUGCAGUACGGCCGAGUGAAGUCAAGAGUCCUAAUCAACUAUCCGGUAAAAACUAACAUCACUCCGGAAAACCCCUAUACGAACGUUUGUCAGGACGGUUCCGGCACUUGUUGUAAGUUUGGUGACAUUCGAGCAAACGCGUUCCCUCAACUUACUUACUUGUACAUACUGUGGAUGGAUGAACACAACCAGUUAGCCUACCAACUGUCUCGAGAAAAACCUGACUGGACUGACGAUCAACUUUUCUGGGAGGCCAGGAAAAUCGUGACGGCGUGCAUUCAGCACAUCACGUACAACGAAUGGCUGCCGGCACUGCUUGGCGUUAACUACACCAAGGAAAAUGGUUUGGGACUGGGAGACAGAACCACGUAUGACGAGAAUGCCGACCCGACAGUUAGCAACAGCUUCGCGACCGCGAUACUGCCUUUUGCCAAUUCCAUGAUCACCGAUAAAAUUAGGUUAGGCAUAUACAUAAUACAAUAUUAUUUUCAUCAAUGA